AUGACACUCUUAAACCACACCACAAACCACAUUUCUUUCUCUAAAACCACACCCUUCACUAUCAAACCACAAUGCAUAACACUCAUUCGACCACUCAAACCCAACACAAAACAACACUCUCAAAAAACCUUAAAAACCAUACACAAAACAACAAAACCAUCAACAUUACCAGCAAAAGUCAGCAAAAAAUGGCAAGAAUACCAAGGAAUAACCAAUUGGAAAGGCUUACUAGACCCCUUAGACAACAACCUCCGUUUCGAAAUCCUUCGCUAUGGUGAUUUCGUCGAAGCCGCAUAUAAAUCCUUCGAAUUCGACCCUUCCUCCCCAAACUACGCCACUAACAAGUUCCCAAAAACCACACUCUUCAAAAAAUGCGGCCUACCAAAAACCGGUUACAAACUAACCAAAUACUUACAUGCAACUUCCUCCAUCCAACUACCUAGUUGGAUCGACAAAGCACCAUCAUGGGUCACAACAAAUUCAAGCUACAUUGGUUAUAUAGCUGUCUGCAACAACAAAGAUGAAAUCAAACGACUUGGUCGAAGAGACGUUGUCAUCGCCUUUCGUGGAACAACAACAUGCUUAGAAUGGCUCGAGAAUCUUCGUGCUAAUCUAACCAACAUUAUUCCAUUACAAUACAACAAUAGUACUCAUGGAAUCAUCAUCGAUAUUCAUGAAAAAAAUAACCAACCCAUGGUAGAAAGUGGAUUUCUUAGUCUCUACACUUCAAAAUGUUCUAAAGUAAUUCCUUCGUUACAAGAAACUGUUAGAACCGAAAUCGAUCGAAUUCUUAAAACAUAUAAAGGUGAAAAUCUGAGUUUUACUAUAACAGGACACAGUUUAGGAGCAGCAUUAGCUAUAUUAACAGCGUACAAUAUUGUAACAUGUUUUAAAACAAACUUCCACCGGAAAUCGUUAGUGACAGUAAUCUCAUUCGGCGGUCCGCGUGUCGGUAAUCGAAGCUUCCGAUCACUUCUAGAAAAGGAAUCAAUCAAAGUGUUACGUAUAGUGAACUCUGAUGAUAUUAUAACAAAAAUGCCUGGUUUUGUUUUUGAUGAUGACGUGGAAGAGAAUGAUGGUGACAUAGACGAGGAUGUUGAUGACGUGUCGUGGUAUUUGCCACGGUGGAUACAAAAGCGAGUGAAGGAGAUGAGGUGGGUGUACUGUGAGGUUGGAGAGGAGUUACGGUUAUGUAGCAGAGAUUCUCCGUACUUGAAAAGUGUGAAUAUUGCCACGUGUCAUGAUUUGAAGACGUAUUUGCAUCUUGUUGAUGGGUUUGUCAGUUCUUCGUGUCCUUUUAGAUCUAAUGCCAGGAGGUUUCUUCACCGUAGUUUUUGA